AUGUACUCAUCUUCGAAGAAAGCGGCCUGCUGGCUGGCCACAUUCCUCAGCGUUUUUGUUACUGGUGAAAUGCCAAUUCAAGCUGAGGUUGAACCGGAAUUUCUACAGGCAUUGGAAAAUCACACAGUCACACAGGGUCGGGAUGUGCACUUCACGUGUGUUGUCAAUCACCUAUCACAUUACCGGGUGGCGUGGUUGAAAUCUGAUUCGAAAGCAAUCCUCGCUAUUCAUACAAAAAUGGUGGCUUUAAACCCACGACUGUCAGUCACAUAUAACAAUCACAACACGUGGAAAUUGCACGUCAGCAAUGUGCAGUCGAACGAUUCAGGCACUUAUAUGUGUCAGGUCAACACAGACCCCAUGAAAAGCCAGAUGGGUUAUCUAGCCGUGCUGAUCCCACCAGAUAUAGUAGACAGUGCGGCUGAAGGCAGCUCAGCAAGAGAAGGUGGAAAUAUUCGUCUAACCUGCACUGCUACCGGUGUUCCCGCGCCCACUGUCAUGUGGAGGAGGGAACAUAACCAACCCAUCGUGUUUAGACACGACGGAGGAAGGGAGAAAAAAGUUAUAAAUGUUCAUAAGCCAUCAAUGAAUCUAUGGUAG